GGCGGCAGGAACGUGUGGCGGCGCGGGCGCUCAGCAUGGCUCGCCUGGUGCUUGGUCUGAUGAGCUGUACCCUCUUUAUAACAGUUAAUGGUCUGUAUUCGUCUAGUGAUGAUGUAAUUGAAUUAACCCCCUCAAACUUCAACCGAGAAGUUAUUCAGAGUGACAGUUUGUGGCUUGUAGAAUUCUUUGCUCCAUGGUGUGGCCACUGCCAGAGGUUAACACCAGAAUGGAAGAAAGCAGCAACUGCCUUGAAAGAUGUUGUCAAAGUUGGUGCAGUUGACGCAGACAAACAUCAGUCCCUAGGGGGUCAGUAUGGUGUUCAGGGAUUUCCUACCAUUAAGAUUUUUGGAUCCAACAAGAACAAACCAGAAGAUUAUCAAGGUGGCAGAACUGGUGAAGCCAUUGUGGACGCUGCCCUCAGUGCUCUGCACCAGCUUGUGAAAGACCGCCUUGGCGGCCGGGGCAGUGGCUACAGCUCUGGAAAACAAGGCAGAGGUGACAGUUCAAGUAAGAAGGACGUGAUUGAGCUGACGGAUGACAACGUUGACAAGAAUGUCCUUGACAGUGAAGAUGUUUGGAUGGUUGAGUUUUAUGCUCCCUGGUGUGGACACUGCAAAAACCUAGAGCCAGAAUGGGCCGCGGCUGCUACAGAGGUGAAAGAGCAAAUGAAAGGCAAAGUGAAACUCGCAGCUGUGGAUGCCACCGUGAACCAGGUUCUUGCCAGCCGAUACGGGAUUAGGGGAUUCCCUACAAUCAAGAUAUUCCAGAAAGGUGAGCCUCCUGUGGAUUACGAUGGGGGCACGAGAUCCGACAUUGUUUCCCGGGCCCUCGAUCUGUUUUCUGAUAACGCCCCACCUCCUGAGCUGCUUGAGAUCAUCAAUGAGGACGUCGCCAAGAAGACGUGUGAGGAGCAUCAGCUCUGCGUCGUGGCCGUGCUGCCCCACAUUCUUGACACGGGAGCUGCAGGCAGAAAUUCUUACUUGGAAGUUCUUCUGAAGUUGGCAGACAAAUACAAGAAGAAGAUGUGGGGGUGGCUGUGGACUGAAGCUGGAGCCCAAUCUAAACUAGAAAAUGCGCUGGGGAUUGGAGGGUUUGGAUACCCUGCUAUGGCAGCUAUUAAUGCACGCAAGAUGAAAUUUGCUCUCCUAAAGGGAUCAUUCAGUGAGCAAGGCAUUAAUGAGUUUCUCAGGGAGCUGUCUUUUGGGUGUGGAUCCAUGGCGCCUGUAGGCAGUGGGGCUUUCCCCACCAUCAGCACCAGGGAGCCCUGGGAUGGCAAGGACGGCGAGCUUCCCGUGGAAGACGAAAUUGACCUGAGUGACGUGGAGCUGGAUGACCUGGAGAAAGAUGAGUUGUGAGAGGCUCCGCAAAGACUUCAGCUUUCUUUUCUUGGGAGCAGAUUUUCCUGCGGUGAAGGAACGUCCUUUCCAGUCCAAGGAACCUACCAGUGGCCUUUUUAACCGAGAAGUAACCC